AUGUGUCCUGAGCCGCUUCCCGGCCGCUCUGCGCGCCCCGGCGGCUCCGAGAUGCAAGGCCGGCGGGAGCGGGGGGCACAGUCGUGGGGCGGCCGCGCAGGGGCAGCGGGCGACGGUUCCCUCCGAGAGGCUCCGGGGAGGCCGAGUGGUGGCGACGUGGGAUGGGCGAGGACCCGCGCCAGCCCCCUCCUGCGCGACGAGAAAGCCAGCAUCCCCAGGCCCGGCGAGGGCUCCACCUGCACCGCCGGCCGCCGGGACCCCGGGGAACACGGCACCUGGGGGGAGUUCGAAGGCUUCCGGGAAUCUUCGGCCGAGUCCGGACAGUUCUCUCGGUCCCUUCAGCUCCUGCAGAGACCCACAGAGCCUCAGCCACCGAGAACCGCUUCUGCCCCAGAGGAGUGUGGUUCCCCCCGGCUGUACCAGGGUGGACCUUGGGUGACAGGAGCCGCUGUCGUCCCACCUUCCGAGCCCAUUCUCAGCUAUGAGGACAUUUUUAAGUUUGCUUUUCAAGAAGUAACAGUCCCACAGGCAACUGAAGAUGUUUCCGCCUUACACCAUUUUCUAGAAAUAAGCAGUGAAGAAAAGCCUGGCCUUGAAUCUGUACAUAAAUUUUGUUCGGAAUCGAGAGCCCUGUGGAGAGCCCUUCAGAACACAACUGCCACGUCUGCGCCACGGCGCCUCCGGAGCGGAUCCCGCUGCCAGGAAAACUACUUUCUUGUUCUCGGAAUAGACGCUGCUCAGGAGAGCCUCUCUGCAGGCCAGGGCCACGUCGCGGAGGGCUCCGACCUCAGAGAGCCUGAAGGACUCCUUGCUGUGAGCAGCUUCCGUCUCCACCGCUGCAAAGCCCUGAUCCAGACCAAGCUCUCAGGGCCACCCGGCAGCAGACAGGGGGGCCUCAUCACGUACAGCCUCUUCCUGAAGACCCCCUUAUGUGGAAACGGGCAAUACCUCACCAUUCCAAGGAAAAAGAAGAUUUUCACUCCACGAAACCUAAAAAUGACAUUCUUCAAUAGUGAUGUCUGCUAAAAAUGAGAGUACUUUGUAACUUUAUGAAGAAUUUUACAUUUUCUUACUAGUUUGGUUUGGUCCUAGAAACCAGAACCAUUAUGCAGCUGCUCACCAAGUCCCAAGUCAGCAUCCUGGGCUCUCUGGGGAGCCGGCCUGUGCCUGACGCUCGCCUCAGGCCUGGUCAGGACA